AUGCUGCAGGAUAAGGGCCUGUCGGAGAGCGAGGAGGCCUUCCGGGCCCCGGGCCCAGCGCUCGGGGAGGCCAGCACCACCAACGCCACCAACGCCCCCGAGCCCGCGCUGGCCGCGCCUGGACUUAGCGGAGCAACUCUCGGCAGCCCCCCGGGCCAGGGUGCCGACGUCGCCGCUGCAGCCGCGGAGCAGACCAUCGAGAACAUCAAGGUGGGGCUGCAUGAGAAGGAGCUGUGGAAGAAGUUCCACGAAGCAGGCACCGAGAUGAUCAUCACCAAGGCCGGCAGGAGGAUGUUUCCCAGCUACAAGGUAAAGGUCACAGGCAUGAACCCCAAGACCAAGUACAUCCUGCUCAUCGACAUUGUCCCCGCGGAUGACCAUCGCUACAAGUUCUGUGACAACAAAUGGAUGGUCGCAGGCAAGGCGGAGCCGGCCAUGCCAGGGAGGCUUUAUGUCCACCCAGAUUCUCCUGCCACGGGGGCCCACUGGAUGCGGCAGCUGGUCUCCUUCCAGAAGCUGAAGUUGACAAACAACCACCUGGACCCCUUUGGCCAUAUCAUCCUCAACUCCAUGCAUAAGUACCAGCCGCGGCUGCACAUCGUUAAGGCCGAUGAGAACAAUGCUUUUGGCUCAAAGAACACAGCCUUUUGCACCCACGUGUUCCCAGAGACCGCCUUCAUCUCCGUGACCUCCUACCAGAACCACAAGAUCACACAGCUGAAAAUUGAGAACAACCCUUUUGCCAAGGGAUUCCGGGGCAGUGACGACAGUGACCUGCGUGUGGCCCGGUUGCAGAGCAAGGAGUACCCGGUGAUCUCAAAAAGCAUCAUGAGGCAGAGGCUCGUCCCCAGCCAGCUCUCGGCGAAGCCCGACGUCAGUCCCCUGCACAGCGCACACCAGGCACUGCAGCACUACCAGUAUGAGAACGGGGCCCACGUGCCGUUUGCUGCUGCAGAGCCCCAGGACCUGCCCCUCAACACCUUCCCCACGCAAAGGGACUCCAGCCUCUUCUACCACUGCCUGAAGCGCAGAGCAGACAGUGCCCGCCACCUGGACUUACCCUGCAAACGAUCCUAUCUGGAAACUCCCUCUUCGGUAGGGGACGAUCACUAUUUCCGUUCUCCCCCUCCCUACGACCAGCAGAUGCUGAGUCCUUCCUACUGCAGUGAGGUGACCCCCAGAGAGGCCUGUAUGUACUCGAGCUCAGGGCCUGAGAUUGCGGGGGUGUCUGCCGUGGACGACUUGCCCCCACCUCCCCUGAGCUGUAACAUGUGGACCUCGGUCUCGCCGUAUACCAGCUACAGCGUUCAGACCAUGGAGACUGUGCCUUACCAGCCCUUCCCUACACACUUCACCACCACCACGAUGAUGCCUCGGCUGCCCACCAUCUCGGCCCAGAGCGCCCAGCCACCAGGAAAUGCCCACUUCAGUGUGUAUAAUCAGCUCUCCCAGUCUCAGGUCCGAGAGCGGGGGCCCUCCGCUUCCUUCCCCAGAGAGCGUGGCCUCCCCAGUGUGUGUGAGAGGAAGCCGCCCUCACCGCACCUGAACGCUGCCAACGAGUUCCUCUACUCACAGAGCUUCUCCUUGACCCGAGAGUCUUCCUUACAGUAUCAUUCAGGAGUGGGAACUGUGGAGAACUGGACUGAUGGGUGA